CUUGGCUGCAGAGGUGGGACUCUGGGUAAUUUUACGUCCAGGACCGUACAUAGGCUCUGACCUUGACCUUGGAGGACUGCCCAGCUGGCUUUUGCGUGAUAGAGAGAUGAUGCUGCGAACCACUUACCCAGGAUUCAUAGCGGCUGUAAACGUGUACUUCGAUAAGCUCAUUCCCAAAGUGGUGUCUUUCCAGUUUAAGAAAGGUGGGCCUAUCAUUGCCGUUCAAGUGGAGAACAAAUAUGGAUCACAUGCAAGAGAUGGAAACUACAUGUCAUUUGUCAAAGAGGCUCUCCAAGAAAGAGGCAUCAGUGAAGUUCUCCUAACAUCAGACGACCAUGAGGGUCUAAAAUAUGGUGGAGUCCAAGGAGCAUCGUAA